AUGACGUCCAUCAAGGAGCUGAACGACCGCCUGACGAAGCAGCCGUACGUGUCCGGCUACACGCCCAGCACCGACGACGCGAAGCUCUUUAGCGAGAUCUUUGGCGACAAUGUGAACGUGGUCCAGUGGGCGGCACGCAUGGCGACGUACUAUCCUAGUGAGCGUGCCAAGAUGCAACCGGCUCCUGUCGAGUCGGAGGACUCCUCGGAGAUCGAAGACGACGUUUGA